AUGCCCUCAACACAAAUAGCCCUUGCUGGUGCCACAGGUAACCUUGGAAUUCCUAUUUUGAAGGCUCUCCUCGACGCCGGUUUCCCUGUGACUGUACUGUCGCGAAAUGGCGGAAAUGCGGCAGUAUUGACUCCCUACCCAAAAAUUGUCAUCAAAAAAGUCAAUUUUGAUUCCGUGGAAUCUCUUACUUCUGCUUUGCAUGGGGUAGAUGUUGUCAUCUCUUGCGUUGCCACACUGGCGAUAGGUAGUCAGAACCCCUUGAUCGAUGCUUCCGUCGCUGCUGGAGUGAGAAGAUUCAUCCCCGCGGAAUUUGGUAUGGACUCUGCAAAUGAGCUAUGUGCCCAGCUACCUGUUUGUGCGCCCAAAGUCGAUACUCAGAAGUAUCUGCAAGAAAUGUCAAAAUCAAACCCGAACUUCACCUAUACUGCCAUCGCGAACGGACUAUUUUUGGACUGGGGUCUCAAGAACAAUUUCAUCUUGAAUAUGGCAGAACACAGCGCCAUCCUAUAUAACGGUGGUAAUGUGCCUUUUAGCACCACGAACCUCACUAAUGUCGCGACGGCUGUCUUGGGCGUUAUUCGCCACCAGCCUCAAACCGCAAAUCGCAUUGUCUACAUUCAUUCAGCAUUGGUCACCCAGAACGAACUCAUCCAGUAUGCUAAAGAGAUCGAUGGCAAGGACUGGAAAACCGAUAUCCAAGACACAGAAGAUACCAGAAAAGGAAGUCUGGUCGAGCUGGCUAAAGGACCCCAGGGUGACAUUGAUGCUGCAAUGCUCGGGUUUUGCGUCUGUGGUUCGUUAACUACGGAGUAUGGCUGUGACUUUUCCAGUCACCUGGAUAAUAUAUUAUUAGGUGUGAAAAAGUUAAACAAAGCUGAGCUUCGAGCACUAGUGGCGAGUUAUCUAUGA